AUGCUCAUCAGGAGUUUACAUUGUAGCAAACUUCAGUGUCUCAGCCUAAGGGGCUUUACAUGUGCAACUGCCCAAGAAGUACUUAAGCCUGGGGUUGUCUUGAGAAAAGCAAGGGCUUUUACCGAGGAAGAUGUUCUCCAGUACUCAAAGGUGAGUUUUGAUUCCAAUCCUUUGCACAGUGAGUCUGCUGCUGCCAAAGAUGUUGGAUUUGAAGGUCCAUUGGUACAUGGGAUGCUUGUGGCUUCUCUCUUUCCUCAUAUCAUCUCAACACAUUUUCCUGGAGCUGUGUAUGUAUCUCAAAACUUGAAUUUUAAGUUCCCGGUCUAUAUUGGAGAUCAGAUUACUGGUGAAGUGCAAGCCACUAAUCUUAGAGAAAAUAAAAAUCGAUAUCUUGCAAAAUUUAAGACAAGGUGCUUCAAGAAUGGUGAACUUCUUGUCAUUGAUGGUGAGGCUGUGGCUUUGUUACCAACCUUGAGGAUAGAACAAGAGCAACACGAGGAGCCGUAA